AUGCGGACGGGAUGCGCAGGCAGCAGCGAGGGCACAGGGCAGGACUUCGGACAGGGCAGGAGCAAAGGCACGGCAGAGGGCAGGGUGGGGUCGGGAGCAGGGGCAGAAGGGAGCUCACGGCCGGCCCCUUCACUGAGCGGUCCGGCCCUGUCGGGGCGGGGCGCGGGGCAGCUUCCUCACGGGGCGCGCCGUGGGGUGCCGCCGGCUGGUCCCGCGCCGUCGGUGCAGAGGGCGGGCCGGGGGGGUCGCUUCGCGCUGUUCGGCGGACGGGAGGAGGGCGGGAAAACAGCAGUGGGGGGAGCCCCGAGGGGGCGGGCGUGUGUGUGUGUUGUGUGUGUGCCCCUGGCCGGGGGUGCGGCACGGCGCUGGUUGCAUGGGCUGCUGCCGGGAUGCGGCGGGAGGGGUAAGGCGGCGCGGCUGAGGCGAGGCGAAGAGAAGAGAAGAGGGGACGGGCGAUGCUCCGCCGUCGCGGCGGCUCCGCGCACGGGAGGACAUAGGAGCGGCGGUGGCGCGCAGAGAGGGACGGCUCUCCGGCCGGCUGGCCGCGACCCCCACCCCGCCGCGAUGGCCACCGAGGUGGUGUGCGGGCUCACCUUCCGGCUGCUCCUGCCCGUGUGUCUGACUGCCGCCUGUGCUUUCCGUUACAAUGGGCUCUCCUUUGUCUACCUCAUCUACCUCCUGCUCAUUCCUCUGUUUCCAGAACCCACAAAAAUAACGAUGCAAGGGCAUACAGGACGAUUAUUAAAAUCUCUGUGUUUCACCAGUCUAUCAUUUCUGCUGCUGCACAUCAUCUUUCAGAUUACAAUAAACAGUCUUGAAGCUGGAAAAACUAUUGAACCUGGUUUUAACUGUUCAACGUGGGAGAAAACAUUAAGGCAGAUUGGUUUUGAAAGUGUGAAAGGAGCAGAUGCUGGCAACGUAAUCAGAAUAUUUGUACCAGAUAUUGGGAUGUCCAUUGCUAGUCUGGCAAUAUGGCUCAUCUGUCGCAACAUAUUUCAGAAGCCAGUAACGGAGGAUGCAGCACAGUGCAACAUGCAAUUUGAAAAUGAGGAAAUGGCUGUAAGAGAAAAGUUAGAGCCAGAUGAUGCUUUGAUGUAUGAAGAAGAUCUGGAUGAUGAAGACUGUGGUGAAGCAGAAUUUGAGGAAACCAUGAAAUUAAAAAUGCUGCGUAGAAUUGCUUUCAUAGCAUCCAAACUGAGGGAGUUUAUUGGCCACAUGAUCAUCACCACUGGAAAAGUUGUUGUUACAAUUUUACUUGGUUCAGCAGGAAUGAUGGUGCCAUCUUUGACCUCAGCUGUGUAUUUCUUUGUAUUUUUGGGCCUGUGCACAUGGUGGUCCUGUUGCCAAGCAUUUGAUCCGCUGAUAUUCAGCUGUCUGUGUGUAUUAAUGGCCAUAUUCAGUGCGGGGCACUUGAUUGGACUUUACCUGUACCAGCUACAGUUCUUUCAGGAGGUUGUUCCACCAAAAGAUUUCUAUGCCAGGUUGUUCGGUGUCACUUCUCUUACUCAGACAAACUGCUCAAGCACUUGGAUGAUCAUCAAAAAUCAAGAGUUACAUUGGUAUCACCAUGCUAAUCCAAUCUUACUGCUGGUGAUGUACUACACCCUCGCAACUCUUAUCCGUCUCUGGCUACAAGAGCCCAUUGUAAGGCAGAUGCCUGAUGAAGAAAAAUCUGUUAGCAGGGAAGAUGACAAAGAAAUAGCCUGCAGCCCAGUUCCAAUGACAGCAGAGAGAAGACGCAGUCUGUGGUAUGCAAGCCACUAUACAACUGAUGAAAGAAAACUUCUGUCAAUGACCCAAGAUGAAUACAAGCCAUCGGAUGUGCUGCUGGUAACAGUGAAUGGGAACCCUGCUGACUAUCAUACCAUCCACCCCGCACUGCCAUUAGAAAACGGUCCAGCCAAAGCAGACAUGUACUCAACACCACAGUACAAAUGGGAGCCUUCAGAUGACGUGUCAGAAAAGGAAGAGGAGGAGGAGGAAGAGGAAGAAGUUACUCAGGAGGAAAAAGAAAAUGUUAAAUUACACGCCUUGGUCUCUGUGUUUCAGUUUAUUAUGAAACAAAGUUAUAUUUGUGCUCUGAUAGCUAUGAUGGCAUGGAGUAUCACAUACCACAGCUGGUUGACUUUUGUGUUACUAAUCUGGUCUUGCACACUGUGGAUGAUUCGGGACCGAAGGAAAUAUGCCAUGAUCAGUUCCCCAUUCAUGGUUUUCUAUGGCAAUUUACUGCUAACGUUGCAGUACAUAUGGAGUAUUGAGCUCAAGAAUGAUGAGCUUCCUCAAGUAUCCGGUUUUUUAGAAAGAAAGGAACCUGGGGAGCUGGCAUCAAAGAUUCUUUUCACAAUUACUUUCUGGCUACUGCUUAGGCAACACCUCACUGAACAGAAAGCACUUCAGCUUAAAGAAGCUACUUUAUCUGAGGUCAAAGUUGGAAGUGAAGAAAAUGAAGAAAAAGAAGAGGAACCGCAAGAGGGAGAAGUGGCAGAAGAACAGGAGGAGGAAAAGGAAGAGGAGGAGGAGGAGGAAGAGGAUGAUGAGGAUGAACAGGAUAUUAUGAAAGUCCUGGGGAAGCUCGUUAUGGCUAUGUUCAUCAAGUACUGGAUUUAUGUCUGUGGGGGCAUGUUCUUCUUUGUCAGCUUUGAGGGUAGAAUUGUCAUGUACAAAAUCAUCUAUAUGGUACUGUUCCUCUUCUGUGUAGCCCUUUAUCAGGUGCACUAUGAAUGGUGGAGAAAGAUUUUAAAGUACUUUUGGAUGUCAGUUGUUGUUUACACAAUGCUGGUGCUUAUCUUCAUCUAUACAUACCAGUUUGAGUCAUUCCCUGGGUUGUGGAAGAACAUGACAGGUCUGGAUGAAAACAAACUAGCAGACCUUGGCUUAAAACAGUUUUCUGUGGCUGAGCUAUUCACACGCAUCUUUAUCCCCACCUCCUUCCUACUGGCGUGUAUUUUACACCUUCACUAUUUCCAUGACCGGUUUCUCCAGCUCACUGAUUUAAAAGCUGUGACCAGCAAACAAGACAACACUAUUUACAGCCAUGCCAAAGUCAAUGGCCGUGUUUAUCUAAUAAUUAAUAGCCUCAAGAAAAAAAUACCAAACCACCAAAAUGAACUGGUGCACCAAGAUGGAAGCCUGCCUGACAUAACUAUGAUGAAUUUAACAGCCAGCAGAGAAAAGGAAGAGGAUAAAAUGCUGGAAGAGGCCGGUGAGAAAAGAAUGGAAGAGUCAGAAGGGGAGGGGGGGAAAGGGAGGGUCGAUAAAGAAAAAGAAGAAAAAGAAGAUGAGGACAAGGAAGAUGAUGAUGAUGAAGAUAACGAAUCAGAAGAAGAAGAAACUACGGACUUAAGGAACAAGUGGCAUCUGGUGAUUGAUCGCCUUACAGUGCUGUUUUUGAAAUUCCUGGAGUAUUUUCAUAAGAUGCAAGUCUUUGUGUGGUGGCUGUUGGAGCUGCACAUCAUCAAAAUAGUUUCCUCUUACAUCAUCUGGGUCACAGUGAAAGAGGUGUCUCUGUUUAACUUUGUGUUUUUAAUUGCCUGGGCUCUUGCUUUGCCAUAUGCUCAGUUUCGCCCAUUGGCAUCAAGUAUCUGCACUGUUUGGACAUGUGUGAUUAUUGUCUGCAAAAUGUUGUACCAGCUCACAUCUAUUGAUCCCAGCACUUUUUCCAGUAACUGUACAUUGCCAGGAGAGAAUGAAACUAAGGUCAAUUUAGAAGAACUCAAAACCUCAGUCCUUUACAGUGGGCCAGUUGAUCCUGCAGAGUGGGUUGGAUUGAGGAAGUCUUAUCCCCUACUUGUGUAUUUACGGAAUAACUUACUGAUGCUGGCUAUUCUGGCUUUUGAAGUUACAAUCUACCGUCAUCAAGAGUACUACAGAUGUCGAAAUAACCUUACCACACCUGUAACUAAAACCAUUUUCCAUGAUAUUACAAGAGCACAUCUGGAUGAUGGACUGGUAAACUGUGUCAAGUAUUUCAUAAACUAUUUCUUCUACAAGUUUGGUUUGGAGACCUGUUUUCUUCUAUCAGUGAAUGUAAUUGGUCAACGAAUGGAUUUUUAUGCCAUGAUUCAUGCCUUCUGGCUGAUUGCUGUAUUGUAUAGACGUAGAAGAAAAGCUAUUGCAGAGAUCUGGCCGAAAUACUGUUGUUUUCUGGCAUGCAUCAUUACCUUCCAGUACUUCCUUUGCAUUGGCAUCCCACCUGCUCCUUGUAAAGACUAUCCAUGGAGAAGUGGUAAUGCCAACUUCAACUCCAACAUCAUAAAGUGGUUAUAUUUUCCAGAUUUCAUUGUGAGACCAAACCCUGUCUUCCUUGUCUAUGAUUUCAUGUUGUUGCUGUGCGCAUCCUUACAAAGGCAGACAUUUGAGGAUGAAAAUAAAGCUGCAGUACGAAUCAUGGCUGGAGACAAUGUGGAAAUUUGCAUGAAUCUUGAUGCAGCAUCCUUUAGCCAGCAUAAUCCUGUUCCUGACUUCAUUCACUGCCGGUAA